AUGGUUGUGAAAGAAUAUCUGGUGGUUGUGUUUGUCAUUUUGGUUGUGGGAUGUGUGGAGACCAGGAAGUUGGGGCAAAAUGUUGAAGUCGAGCAUGAUUGCGCCAAAAAUAGUGGCGGUGGCUGUGGUGGUGGUGGUGGUGGUGUCGGAGGUGGCGUCGGUGGUGGUGUCGGAGGAAAUGUUAGUGGUAGUGUUAGAGGUGAAGUUGUUGGAAGCGGUGUGGGAGGAAGCACAGGCGAAACCCAACAACACACGGGUUCAAGUAGUGGCCAUAGUGAUGGAAAACAACAUAAAAAAAAGGAAAAUAAUCACCACAAAGGAGUUGGAGAUGGGAUUAAAGGUGGUAAGGGGAAGGGAGGUGGUGUUGUGGAUGAUAAUGGUGAAGGAAAACAGAAAGGAAAUAAUGGAGGUGGAGACAUAGGUAGUGGAAAAGAAGGAGCUGGAUUUAGUAGUGGAUCUAAGGAUGACAUAGGUGGUGAUAAUGUGGGUGGAAUCAGUGUUGGUGCCGGUGCAGGAAAAGUCAAAGGAACCAGUGGAGGUGAAAACACAGGUCAAGCAAAAGGAAGUGGUGACAUUAAAGCUGGUACCAGUGUCGGUGUCGGUGCCAAAGUAGGCAAAAGAAUUGAUGGAGAGAAAGAAGUUGGGACUGGUGGUGGAGUUGGGGUCGGGGUUGGUGGAGGAAUUAAGGGUGGCGCUGGGGCCGGUGCCAGAUUAGGCAAAGGUAUUGGUGGAAAGAAAGAAGAAGUUGGGACUGGUGGUGGAGUUGGGGUCGGUGCAGGUGCAGGUGCAAGUACUGGUGUUGGUGGAGGAAUUAACGGUGGAAUAGGUGCAGGUGCUGGUGUUGGGGCUGGGAUCGGUGCUGGUGCUGGUGUUGGGGCUGGGAUCGGUGCUGGUGCUGGUGUCGGUGUCGGUGCUGGUGCUGGUGUCGGUGCCGGUGCUGGUGCUGGUGUCGGUGUCGGUGCCGGUGCUGGUGCUGGUGCUGGUGCCAGAGUAGGCGAAGGAAUUGGUGGAGGAAAAGCAGGAGUUGGGACUGGUGGUAGAGCUGGGCUCGGGGUUGGUGGAGGAAUUAUGGGUGGAAUAGGUGCAGGUGACGGUGCUGGUGCUGGAGUAGGCAAAGGAAUUGGUAGAGGAAAAGGAGGAGUUGGGACUGGUGGUGGAGCUGGGAUCGGGGUUGGUGGUGGAAUUAUGGGAGGAAUAGGUGCAGGUGCAGGUGCUGGUGUCGGUGCAGGUGUCGGUGCCGGUGCUGGUGUCGGUGCUGGUGUCGGUGCAGGUGUCGGUGCCGGUGCUGGUGUCGGUGCAGGUGUCGGUGCCGGUGCUGGUGUCGGUGCUGGUGUCGGUGCAGGUGUCGGUGCAGGUGCUGGUGUCGGUGCAGGUGUCGGUGCCGGUGCUGGUGUCGGUGCUGGUGUCGGUGCUGGUGCUGGUGUCGGUGUCGGUGCAGGUGCUGGUGCCGGAGUAGGCAAAAGAAUCGGUGUUGGAAAAAGAGGAACCGAUGUUGGUGUCGAUUCUGAUGGAGAAAUAGGAAAAGGGACUAGUGCAGGUGGCUUUGGUGGUGGAGCUGGAGUAGGUGGUGGUAUUUGGGGUGGAAUUGGAGUAGGUGGUCGUGGAGGGGUAGGUGGGACAAAAGAAGGUAGCGUUGGUGGUGGAGAUGGGGCCGGUAUAGGUGGUGGUAUUGGGGUUGGAAUAGGAGCAGGCAUUGGUGGAGGUCUAGGUGAGAGAAAUGAUGGUACUGUUGGAAGUGGAUUAGGGGCUGGCAUAGGUGGUGGUAUUAGAGGUGGAAUCGGCGCAAGUGCUGGUGGAGGCCCAGGUGGGGGAAAAUAUGGUAAUGUUGGUAGUGGGGCAGGAGUUGGCGUAGGUGGUGGUAUUGGGGGUGGAAUUGGUGCUAGUGGAGGUGGAGACCUAGGUGGUAGAAAUUGGAAUAACAUCGGCAGUGGAGCCGGGGCAAGGGUAGGUGGUGGUAUUAUGGGUGGAAUUGGAGCUGGUGCAGGUGUAGGUGCUGGUGGAAAUGGGAAUAACAUUGGUGGCGGAGCUGGAGCUGGUGCUGGUGUAGGUGUAGGUGUAGGUUUUGGGGGUGGAAUUGGUGCAGGCACCGGCAAAGAUGGAGGAAUAGGUAGAGGAAUCAAUUGGGGUAGAGAUAUGGGUGGGGGAAAAUAA